UUCUAUUGGAAUAUCUAGCCUUAUUUGUAAAGAAGCUCAAGCUAGCUCUGCUUCUGACUCGGCUCGCUUGGCUUGUUAACAUCCUACGCUGGAGUUUUAGAACGUCUUACCUCAAAAAUGGAGACAAAGCUCGUCCAGAUAACAUGCUUUCCAAUUCUUCCCACUCCCAACUACUAUGCUUCACUGUUUUGGAAAGUUCCACAGACGAUUACAAAUCCAACUAUUCUCAGAAUCAAGCCUAUUAUCGUCCCAGUUCCACACAGAUGCAAGCCAGUCCAAGAACAGGACUUUGAAGGGCUUCCCAAAGAGUUCUAUGAUGAUGAAUGGCAAGCCAGGCAAAGGGAGAAGAACAAAGAAUUGCAGAGGUUGCGAGUUGAGGAAGAAAAAGAGGAGGAAGACAAGGUUGAAGAAUACAGGGAAAUUGCUUUGCUCUUGAAAGAUUGUCCUGCAGAAGACCUCUGCAAUGCCAAGAAAUUGGUAGCCUCAUUUAUUAGAUCAGCUGAAGAAGUUGAAGAGAAAAUUGAGGAGGCCGCAGUAAAAGGUGAACUAAAUGAACUUGUUCUGAUGGUAAUAUGGAGUCGUCUCGAUAUCGCCAAGCGUGAUGAUGAGAAGGAUGCUAUUCGAAGUCUUGAUCUCUUAUACAGGCGGGUCGAGAUGGAAAUUCUGAAAAGCGAGGCAACUGCCGCCAUGAGACUGCUCAAUGAUCUUCUGAAUCUGCAUGGUGGAUAUGACGAUGAAGGGUGGCUGAAGGCAUGUAGAAAAGUUAUGGUCAAUACAUUCCCAUGCGAGGAGGAUCCAUUCAGUAUUCUUCUGCCUGCAGGAUUCGACAUGGAGAGUCUCCACGGUCCAGUCAGACCACCCGUAGAUGCUGAUGACGUACUUCUUAGAGUAGAUUUUGUCAGAGAGGUUGAUGCACUGCUACAAGAGGUUCGAGAAGAACAAAGGAAAGCAGUGAAUACAAAAGAUCUUGAUCCCGAAACCGUCGCAAUUCGGCUGAAGCAACAGGAGAAACAAAGAGCCAUUCACCAAGUGGAAGCACUUUUAGAUCUUGCCAUUAAUUUGAAGUGGUAGAAAAUCAAGAACCACCACAUGCUGCCUGUGAAUCCUUACCACUUCUCUAUGUUGAGUCUAUGUAGUAUAUCAAAGUAUGGGUGAAGGGGGACGUUCUAUGCUCAACAGCAUUACAUGCUUAGGUCACACCUUGUCAUUUUUAUCAUACCCCCUGAAGUCCAUGUAUCUCCUGAAUAGUUGGAAAAAGUAGAGUAAUGGUUCUCACGAGAGAACCAAAAUCAUCUUAUUCUUUAUAAAUUAUAUCUGGUGCAUUGUGUUGUGUCUGGCUGCUGAAGUGGAUGAAGUAAUGUAGAAGAACGCAUUGUGCUGUCUUCUUCAGAUGCUCUCUUGGUGGCUACUAGUGGAUCAUUCUCGUCGUCAUCAAUGGCUACCGGUCGCUCAAACUCAACACCCUUGAGAACAGGGUGCACAUAAGCAUUCCCAAGAUAAACUUUCAGGCUCAGGUUGGGUUCUGUUGCCUUUUCCACUGUAUCCUUCACCAUUGCUUCCUGAGAAUCACACAAUCAACCAUCAAAGAAAUGUAUUUUAGAUGAUGAGCAAGUGCUAUAUUUCUUCCGGAAUUCAAGAUAGAUUUGCUAAACCUGCAAUGGGAACUUUACAAACACAGAUUCAAACCGCUCCUUGCAGAAUUUAUGAAACCAGAUUGUUAGAACUAGGAGAACAAGGAUGAGUGGGGUUGAUUUGGCUGCAUUUUUUGUGCUCAUCAGUCCCAUCAGUUGGACCUGGGAAAUGACGAGACCAAUGACUAUACGACGAUGAACAUCUGGCCAGAGUGCAGCCCCACUCUCAUACUUCUGGUUGUACACAUUGAUGAUCUGGCAACAAUAAAAGAAGAAACCAUAGGCAUAAAUUUAUAAUAAUAGUUUCUCGAUAUAUCUGUCUUUUGAGAAGCAUAGAAUUUUGAGCGCACCUGAUGGCGGAAAAUCAUGUAUGCAAAUGCAAAGAAGACAAUUAUGAAAGGGAGAAGUAUAGGUGUGAUAACAGCAUAUACUAAUCCAAGUAAGAAAUAAAGCUGUAUACGAGGUUCUGAUGUAGAAAACACUAUAGAACCAGGAUUCAUAGCCUCCUUCCUCUCCCUUUCUGUCUUCACCAAGAAUGCAUCCUUAGUGUGAAACUUCACUAAUGGAGAUAGUCUAAGAACCUCUGCUGCAACGCCUGCCCAACCAUCAACCAUUAUGUAGCUGAUAAAGAAUGUGGCUUUUAUUGGAAUUGCUACCCCUAUAGUCUUCGGAAUGCUGCAAUAGAAUUUUGUAGCCAAGGAUUGGACACUGACCAAUUCAGGCCCCUCUAGAUAAAAAUUGGACCGAGUUAUACCAGUCCUGUUCCAGGUCGGGUAUAACUUACAGUUUCAGGUCCAGUUUAGAACCGGGCCGGGCCCACCCCUAAGCUUAAACAAGUUGAAGUAGCAGCAAUUUUAUUGGUAUGCUGUGUUUGAGGAAAAAAGUCCUACUCUGCUGCUGUUUGAUUAAGGAACUUGUGAAGUUGUUCAAAUGCAGUUCCUGUGAUGAUACUUCCAAGGAAGACAUUGACAAGAAGAAACAAAUGAUAUUUUGCAGCAGAACUUCUCUCCAAAGAUGAAAGUGAUGUCAGACCUUCUAUUUUGCUCAUGCUCAUAAGGAGUUUAGGGUUGUUAGCCAGAAACAGCUUCAAUGAAAUUCCAGGAAGAAACCCUUGAAUGAAAGACUUGAUGAAAUCCCUGCCAUAACAUAAUUUUCAGCUAUGUUUGAAGAAAUCUUCCUAGCUUUCCUUAAACUCAAGAAACCACUCACUUUUCUAUCAAUGGCUUUAAGAAAGGAAAAACUUUUUCGAUGCCUUGAAUGCUUGCGAGAGACUGAACGAAUGCAGUGGGAAUCAUAAAAAAGAAAGUAAGAAAGAAAAAGGCAACCGCCAUGAGUAGCCUUCGGAUUUUGAGUUCAGCGUAUGGUAUGGAAAGAUUACUCCAAAAGAUAUCACGUGGUUCAGGUGCCCAUUCUGUCAUCCAAAUGGUGGGAUUACUUGAUUGUUGGGUUUGAGCACAGACUGCUGCUCCCCAUCUAGAUUUAAAUGAAACAAAAGCAGCUGGAACUAUUGCCUUGGGAUCACUUAAGAUCUUCUCUUUCUCUUUAGCUUCCUAAGUCAAAGAAUAUAACCUAUUAUUACGAUAGCAUAUAAGAUGGAGGCCCAACAGAAAGACGCAUUGCUCUAGCAUAUAUACAAUAAUGGUGUAGCAUGGUUUAUGCAAAUAAUUCAUGUUAAGAUCUUCAUGUUUCAUGAGGUGCGUUCCAAAUAGCUACAUUGUAAUAAGAAUGACUUGCAACUUUUUUCUCACUCUCUUUAUUAUGUUCAAUGCUUUCAGAAUUUCAUUUCAUUAUAGUGAUGACAGCGGUAAUGACGAACAUGCAAAUUAAAUAGGAAUCAUAUAAAUAAUUUAUGGAGUUAUUUAAGGCACUUACCAUUUCCUCCAAACAUUUGAUUUCAGCUGUGUAAUAGUCGAUGGGGUUGACUGUUUCCCCCCAUAGUCCCCAAAAUCCUGUCUAUACAUGAAGAAAGAUUAGAUUAUGUAAUAGACAUGCAAAUUAAUAGAACUUUAGAUUGGUUUGAGAUCGUCCACUUGAGCAGUAAGGUACUCAAAGUCAAACCACACUAAAGGAUUGAACUCAACCUAUUAAGACAUGUUUAGUCCAAGGUCCUAUUAACUCAUUUUCUAAUAUUUAUUUCUUCAAUGUGUGACUCUCAACACAAAAUGAAAUGUUAGCAGAUAUUCAAAUUCGUUUUGGGAAAAAAAGAUACCUUUAUUUUGCUUUUCUCGGUAAGAUUCCUGUCACACUUUGUCUGAUAGUAAAUGAGCCAAUUUUGCAAUUUCUUCUUCUUCUCCACAAUCUUUGCUAGCUUGUUAGUAUUGUAUACAACCUAAAACUUCAACAGCUUUCGUUAUGGUCACAUAGGACAUUGAAUUGAAGGAAAUGGCACAGUAUAACUGAUGAGUAUGAUUAGCAGCUUUGUAUAAAAGAGAACACUUCAGCAAGUGACAGACCUGGUGUAGAAGGUAAGUAUCUGGAUGGUUUACACAAAAGAAAUGCUCAAUGUGCUCGCUGAUUGAUUCAUCGGUGUCUUGGUGGACGUUUCUCACAAGGACCUUUAAGAUGAAGUCAAAUGGUAAACAGACUGGAAAAAUAAAAACGGAAUCCAUAAACUUUUACACCAUGAACCACUAACAGUGAACUGAUCAGGACGGCGCUUUUCUGAUGCAAGAAACUGCAGCCUCAUGUUAGAUACAAUUUCAUACUCUUUAUAUAGAACAUAUAAGGUCCAAAAUGAGAAUACAUAUGCCAUUGCUAUGUGUGCCCAUAACCUGGAAAUUGGAAUAAACAGCAAUUAAGAGGAGUGAGAAUAGGUUUCUGUUUUUUAUUGUAUCCUCAAUGAGGGCAUUAUUCCAUUGGCAAUGCUAAGUGAAAAAAUGCCUCCAUAUUUUGCGCACAGAAGAAGAAUAUGUUAUCAAGGACAGAGCCAGGACUUUGUUUUUAUUUUUUACUACCUUUGUCCCAUUAAACAUAGCCAACUUUCCUACUUUUCUUUUGCAGUAAUUUGAUUUAUAAAACUUUGCUACUUUUCUUUUACAUUAAUUAAUUGUGGUUAAUAUUAUUUCUCUCCUUUGCAUAACAUUUACUUAUAUUCUGUAAAAGAUGGCAAUGUUCAAGGCAAGGGAGUACUAUUUAUAGAUCUAUAUGUCUGGGUAGCCAAGCUGAAAUUCUUAUUAAAACUUUAUAGGAGUCUGCUGUUGAAGAAAUAUGCCUUCUACAAAAAUAUACUGUCUGCAAAUCCUAUAAAAGGGAAAAUAACAUAAAUGGGAAAAAUAAUGCUUACUUUGGUGAUCCAGAUGGAACAUUCGAUAUUGACAGUUUAUCAAUCUCACUGAAUGUUAAGUCCUCAACAUUUUGCAGUGACCCACCAUUCCAAUUAACAGGAAUUAAGAUGGAAAAGGCAAGAAAUGCAAUGGGUACAAAUAUUUUCAAUCUGCAUUUCAGUUUUUGAAUGAAAUUAGAUGGUCUGCAUAUAAAACCGUUUAAAUUGGGGAAAAGACUUGGUAACCAAUUGGGAAAACCCAGUUAUGUGUUUUUUAAAAUCUUUUUUAGUUACAAUUAAACUCAUGAACUCAUCAUUGUUAGAAAAACUAUAUACUACGUUUGUUUUUUUACAUCUGUUAAAAUCUCAUGUUGGAAACUGAAGAGAGAAUGAUGGGUUAAUAAGACAUUGAGUUGAACUAGCAAGGAGAUUGAAUUCAUUCUUCUAGUUUGAUUAUAAAUCAGUUGAUUGACCUCAACUAAUCUUAAAUUUUAUUAACUUCCAUGUCCCUUAAAAGAAGACUUGACCAUUCAGCUAUUAACACUCACCCAAGAAGGUAAAUUCGUAUAUACACAGUGGAGUCAAGACCUGCAUGAUCUAUGAGUUCAGGCUGUGGCAUAUUCAAUGCUGCAGGAAUCCAAUUCAAGAGCUUUAAGUAUGUUUUGAAAUCCAAGUUGACAAACUUCUGGACUAAAGGUCCAGAACUUGUUGGGCUUUCUCUUAUACCCUUCAAGUACCACUUUGGGAAGUAUACCCUAUCAUUAACUGGUUGAAGUCUUAGAAUUGCAAAUGCCAAAAGAAAUGUCAGUGCAGAAAAAAGGUUGAUUCCUGCUGAAACAAGAAUGUCCUCAACACUUGCCAUAUUUGCCCCAAAGAUGUUUCACCUGUCAACUUUUGCGGGAAUAAAUUGUAUCAGUUUCAUAUUCCAUUCUUGAUCUCAGUAACAUUGUUCAGGUGAUGUAAUCUACUCUUGUCGGGCUAUUUACCUUAUUACUACUACUACUUUUGUAGCAGUACUCUCGUAAUAGUAUUCGUACUCCGUAUUACAUUGAUGGAUAUAAUUAUCCCAUGAAGGAAGCGAUGAGGCAAAUAGUUUGGACAGACCGAAGGCUAAAGUGCUAAACUAGUCAGGAUUUGGUUGGAGAAGCCCAACUAUGGAGGGAAGGACUAUCACACCAUUGUUUAUCAUUAACAGUUAAUUCUUGUAAUGUUUAGUUUUAAUGAUUCGUGAAAUGAUGUAGUGGAGGGUGCCACCGUUGGAAUGCUCGUGUAUGUCCGGCGACCAAUCGAGUUGAGGACAAUUUUUGGCAUAUUUUCUGAAUACCAAUGGCCAAUUCGCCAUUCUUGCUCCGGUCAUUUGCUUGUUAUUUUGUUUAAUUCUCGCUUUCUUUUUCUUUUUAUCCAAUUGCUGGGGUUUGAUGCUGAGUUCUCCCUUAAAACUCAAUAAUAUGUUAGGUAAUGUUGGAGGCAAAUUAUAUUAUUUGCACCUCAUGUUUAUUCCAAUAUUCGAUUUUGCAUCUCA